GCACGCGUCGCACAGCUCGGGAGCAGCACACUCGUGUCGCUUGUGGCAGCCGCGCGAGAGCGAGAGAGUGGUCGGAGGGUGAACCAGAGAGUGGCGAGGCUAGGAGAGGGCGGGCAGGUUACCGUAGGGUGCGCGGGUUAGCGGGCGAAGAAAGCUGUCGGCCGAGGCAAGGGGAAGGGACAGAAGAGAGAGAGAGAGAGGGAGAGAGAGAGGGAGAGAAAUAGAAAGAGAGAAAGGACGACGAAGCGAGGUGGUGGCGAGGAGCGACAGAGAAGGAGAGACGGAGCGUGAAACGGACCGCGGUAGGAUGGUGGGUGAAUGUGUGCGUAGCAGCAGGGAAGCGGAUCGUCGGGCAGAGUAAUGUCUCGGGGAUGAAUGAACGGGCGAUCGUACGGGAUUCGUUGCGAUGACACCGAGGCUGGCCGAAGUGAGGACGCGGCACGCGUUAGCGCCGCCAGGAGGACGAUCGACAACGGGUCCAGGCACCGCGGCGACGAUGAUCGCGAACGAGGAGCUGAGGCGGCAGUGACCAUGGCGCCCCUCCUCGCGUGUAAACAGUGCUUCAUGCUCGACGCACGCCUCGAGAGCAGCGUUUCUGGUGCCGCUACAGUCGUCGCUAUCGCUACCGCCUACCGCUACCGCCUACCGCAGCCGCAGCCACAGCCACAGCCGCAGCUACAGGCACAGCCAGAGACGAUAUGCCGUUUCCCUCGUCCGCGUCGGCUCCUUCCCCCAGCCCGAUGAACGGCCGCCGGGAUCGCCGCGCUGAGAGGAUCGUCCCGCGGCAAGACGGUAUGGACGGAACGGACGAGUCAUGAUUCUCGUCCUGCCGCGUCGCCGUUGUCCUCGUCCUCGUCGUCCUCGUCGUCGUCGUUGCCGUCGCCGCCGCCGUCGUCGCGCGAAACCGUGUGUUGUUCGUCGCCCGUCCUCGGCCCCUCCAAGAACCUCCAAGAGCGUUCAACAAGACAUUCUAUCGAGGCCCACCGAGCAACGGUCGAACCCCCGAUUCAUGCGUGUCGCAUCCCGAACGCUACUACCUAACAAGUGGUGACCAGCAGCGCGAGAAACGAACGUAUCUGUGGCCUGUUCGAGUUACGAAAUGGAACGCGAAAUGCAGUGAGCCGCGCGGUGACGGGCAAAGCAACAAAAUUCACGCGAGCACUCGCGCGGUAGGGAUCGGUCACGAGGCUCGAUCGAACGUCGUGACUCUCUGUACAGUUGUUCGGUGAAGAGUUCGCUAGUGAAUUAAGUCAAUUGCAAUGGUGUUGCACGAAGUGAAGACCUUCUACGUUGCCGAAUCGAGAAGAACCUCCUCAACUUUGUGCCACCCUCUCUUGACGCAUACACACAGAAGACUGAGGUGUAUUAUUCCGCACUCGAAACAACAUAUCGCUUAUCCACCAUAAGUGGAAGAAGGUGAUGGCCCGUACCACGCGCUCACGACGAAAAAUGGCGAACACGACUGAUGCUCCCUCGCCUGCGAGCAGCCUUCUGUCGUCGACCACGACGACUCCGUUCACCAGCCCGACAACGACGCCCUACUCCACCGAGGGCUAUACCUUCAAUUACAGCGGCCUGCCUAGUCUAGGUGGCUACUCGUUGGAGGAUCUGAAUUACACGGAACUCUGGGUGGACGUCUGGAACAGCACCGAGGCCAGUAACGUGACCGAGAGGUUAAAUACCACUGUAUUAUCGUCGGGAGGUGGCUACUGCGACGAAUGGGAAGCAGCGCAGCACAAACUCUUCCAGGCGGCGAAUCUGUUCUUCGCGGCGGCGUUCCUGGUGCCGCGCUCCUUCAAGGCCUCAGUUCUGGCUCUUCGCACGUUUCUGACGGCCGGCUUCAUGCUGGCCGCCCUCUGGGCCGGGUUCACCAUAUGCGCGCUCGACGCGAUGCUAUGGUGCUUGGCCCUCGGCCUUCUGAACGGCAUUCACUCCCUCAUACUAGCCUGUCGAUUUCUACCGCCUGCGCUCAGCCCCGAGCUAGUCGAGCUCUAUCUGAAACUCUUUAAGCCGUACAAGGUUAGCAAGAAGCACUUCCAGGAGCUGGCCAAGGAGGCGAGGAUACUAAAGCUGGACUCUGGUCAGACCUACGCGACGGAAGGCGUCACGCCGGCCGACGAACGACUAUCGAUACUGUUGCGUGGCAAGUUGAAGGUCACCUGCGACGGGACACACCUGCACUACAUCAAAGCGUAUCAGUUCGUCGACUCGCCGGAAUGGGAAGCCAUGCACGAGAACAUCGACGACGUCUUCCAAGUGACGAUUAGAGCCGAGGAGUCCAGCACGUACAUCUGUUGGACAAGGCUGAAGUUGCUCAGGGUACUCAGGCACAGGCCGCUACUUAAGGUCGUCCUCAACACCCUCAUCGGUAAGGACAUUACGUCCAAGUUGUACGCCCUUAACGAGCAGCUCGCUGGUGUCGCCGCGGCCAGUGAGACAACCACGUCGAAUCCUUACAGGGGCGUCGCGAGAAGUCUUAGCGUCGACGCUGUAAACACUGAAACUGCGGGAAGAGUACGCUCGACGACGUGGAAGGCACAGAGGAGGCACAGCAACCCGCGUAGCGACAGGAGUUCACCUUCCCGGUACUCGCACCAGUAUUGGGCGCCCGUGGUGGCGAAUCACUUCCCGCCGACUUCGCCGUUCACCCAGGGUCAGAACCUCGGGUACUCGUUACUGCCGCAGGGUGUUCAGUUUUCGCCACCGCCACGGGCACCCCUUCUGUCGCAUCAGCCGUUGACACGGCAGCGUAGCGGCGGCACGAGCGGCGAUUAUACCCUGCUACCUCAGACACCGAAGCUCGAGAGGAAACGCUCGAAAAAGGGAACGAGGGAGGUAACGUUCGAGACGCCCGUAUGACGGUCGCUCGACGGGGAGGGCCCUGCCAGCGUGCCUCUUCUAUCGCUGUCGCCGCAGCGUACAGCCUAGCCCCGUCGAGAUCCGGUCAAACUGAAUCAGCUUCCAUGGCUCGCCCUCUGAAGCUCGUCGCCGCCGUCGGCCGGUUGUUACUUAUCACAUGGCCUAUCAGCCGGCGGAGCAGCGUGGCCCGCGUGGUGCCGGGCGACGCCCGAGUGACACGGACGACAGGGACACACAAACACGGGCAUAGUGACAGUGCUCUUCGCGUACCCGACCCGACCAGGCCCGGCUCGACUCGGUUCGGCGCCCUCGGCCGAGAGAGAGAAGGAGGAAGAACGAAAGUGAGAGAGAGAGAGAGAGAGAGAAAGAGAGAGUGAGAGGGAGAUUG